AUGAAGAGGGUGAUGAUGAUGGAGAUGACGGUAUUGAAGUUGAAGAUGAUGACGAUGACAAAAAAGAAGAAUCCAUGUCACCAGUUAAUGGUGCUGGUUCUAGUACAGGGAAAAAGAAGUCAAAGUUAAAGACCAAUAAAGAGGAAAAGACCAAGGUUUUUCUUCCUGGAGAUGAGUUAGAAGAAGGGGAUGAACUGACAUAUGACAGAUCAGCCUAUGAAAUGUACCAUGCUGCUCAAACAAAUGCUCCUUGUCUAAGUUUUGAUGUCAUAUCAGACAGCCUGGGAGAUUCAAGAACAGAGUAUCCAAUGACAGCAUACAUUGUGGCUGGAACCCAGGCACCACCAGGAAAACAAAAUCAUGUCAUAGUCAUGAAGAUGUCUCAGUUAGACAAGACUCUCCAAAAUGAAGAGGAAAGUGAUUCUGAUGAUGAGUUGCUGGAUGAAGAACCAGAUUUAGAUACAGCCAUGUUGAACCAUGCUGGUGGUGUUAAUAGAAUUCGGUUUUCAUCUAUCCCUGACCGGCACAUUGUAGCAACAUGGUCUGAGAGAGGCAAGGUUCACAUCUGGGACACCUCACAGCAAGUUAUCUCUGUUGAUAACCCAACGACUGCCGCAGGAGCAAGCCAUUCAAAAGAUGUCAAGCCACUCUUCACAUUUGAUGGUCAUCAGGUUGAAGGAUUCGCUAUGGACUGGUCUAGAACUGUACAUGGGAGGUUAGCAACUGGUGACUGUAAGAAGAAUAUCCAUCUGUGGACUCCAGUGGAGGGGGGCACAUGGCAUGUUGAUCAGAGACCCUACAGUACACACACAGACUCUGUGGAGGACAUACAGUGGAGUCCAAAUGAACAAAAUGUAUUUGCAUCAUGUUCAGUGGAUAAAACAAUAAGAAUAUGGGAUGCGAGAGCAAAACCCUCUAAAGCCUGCAUGCUGACCACGCAAGCACACGACGCUGACGUAAAUGUGAUCUCUUGGAACAGAAAUGAACCGUUUAUUGUUUCUGGAGGUGAUGAUGGUGUUGUAAAAGUUUGGGAUCUCCGGCAGUUUCAAAGUGGUGUGGCAGUGGCGGUUUUCAAACACCACACAGGUCCCAUUACAUCAGUUGAAUGGCAUCCAACAGACAGUUCAGUGUUUGUCGCGUCUGGCUCAGAUAAUCAAGUCACUCUGUGGGACUUGGCAGUGGAGAGGGACAACGAAACAGAAGGGAAAGGAAGACAUCUGGAUGUUCCUCCACAGCUACUGUUCAUUCACAUGGGCCAGAAAGAUAUCAAGGAGGUGCAUUGGCAUCACCAGCUUCCAGGUGUAUUAAUAAGCACGGCUGAAAGUGGCUUCAAUAUCUUCAAGACGAUCAGUGUCUAGUUGCAGAGAAAAUGUCAUCUUGGUGUCGUGCCUGCCAGUAUCACUCAGUGCUACGCCAUUUGUAUUACUUCCCUGGAAAAGCAUUCAGAGAAACUGAACAAGAAGAAGAACUUCUUCAGUUUCAUACUGAGGGCCGCCUAAAAUUCAGUUGUAUCGUCCAGAAAUGAUUUUAGUUGGAGGAACCGUUUUACACAGCCAUACUAUACAUUGUCCUCGGUGGAUUUAAGAACUCGGCGGAUUCAUAGCGGGAAACUCUACAUGGUCGUCACCUCAACGUGACCAUGUAUAACGACAGUGGUAGCUUUUAAAUUAUAUUAUCUUUUAAAAUUAUCAUGCAUCUGAUGUAACAAGCGCAAGGAUAGUGCAGGGUACCUUGCGAGACCAAGAUUCCCUUCUCUUUCUGCUCGGUAAGGGAAUCUCUGUCUCGUAAGGCAGGUACUGGAAGAAUACGGGCCUGAGGACUUGAAAGUAAAAAGGCCAAGGGCGGAUAAUCUCCCAGUACAGUCCUGAGCAAGCUUGGUCAAUAAGAGAUUUAUUACACGACUGAAAUGUAUAGAAAAAAUCCCACGAUCACGGACUAGAAAGACACCGUGCUACUCUGGUUGAGAGCCGACUCGCCCUUCAAUCAAAUGUCACGUUAAAAAAAAAAACACUACAACUCGGAUUGUUUUACAAUCCAGCAAGAGGUUAACUUUGUUCCUUAAAUACGAAUUUUAUUAAAGACAGGCUUACCUUUUAUUCUGUAUUACAUGCAACUAGGCAAGUAUAGGAUCAAAUGAAUGUGUAUAUUAACUUAUUCUGAAUGGAAUGAACGCGACGAUAUAGCGAUUGUAUUGGUGACCUUGACUGCAAUGUAGUAAACAAGAAAUAGCAAUGUCUUAA